AUGUCAGGACAGAGCAUUACAGACCGGAUAACCGCAGCUCAACACAGUGUCACCGGUUCGGCUAUUUCUAAAACCGUGUGUAAAGCGACCACACAUGAAAUAAUGGGGCCAAAGAAGAAACAUUUGGACUACCUGAUCCAAUGUACAAAUGAGAUGAACGUGAACAUCCCUCAGCUGGCCGACACACUGUUUGAAAGGACUGCCAACACAAGCUGGGUAGUGGUCUUCAAGUCCCUCACCACCACACACCAGCUGAUGGUCUACGGAAAUGAAAGAUUUAUUCAAUAUCUGGCUUCAAGAAAUACUCUUUUUAACUUGAGCAACUUUCUGGAUAAAAGUGGCCUACAAGGGUACGACAUGUCAACAUUCAUCAGGAGGUAUAGCCGCUACCUGAAUGAGAAGGCUGUGUCCUACAGACAAGUUGCCUUUGACUUCACUAAAGUGAAAAGAGGGUCUGAUGGUGUAAUGAGAACUAUGAACACAGAGAAGCUCCUCAAGACUAUUCCCAUCAUCCAAAACCAGAUGGACGUCCUUCUUGACUUUAAUGUCAAUGCCAAUGAACUCACUAAUGGUGUGAUCAACGCAGCCUUCAUGCUUCUGUUCAAAGAUGCCAUUCGACUGUUUGCAGCUUACAAUGAGGGGAUCAUUAAUCUCCUCGAAAAAUACUUUGACAUGAAGAAAAUACAGUGCAAAGAAGGUCUCGACAUCUACAAGAAAUUCCUCACUCGAAUGACAAGAAUUUCAGAAUUUCUCAAAGUCGCAGAGCAAGUGGGAAUUGACCGAGGAGACAUCCCUGAUCUGUCUCAGGCCCCCAGUAGCCUGCUUGAUGCCCUGGAGCAACACCUGGCCUCUUUAGAAGGGAAGAAAGUCAAAGACUCAACAGCAGCCAGCAGGGCCAGCACUCUGUCCAAUGCAGUCUCGUCUCUGGCCAACACCGGCAUAUCCUUCACCAAAGUGGAUGAGAGGGAAAAGCAGGCUGCGCUGGAGGAAGAACAGGCUCGCCUAAAAGCACUAAAAGAGCAGCGUCUGAAGGAGCUUCACAAGAAUCCAGGGGUGGCGACCACCGACUCCUCUCCAGUAUCUACAAUGGGAGGCACAAUCAACUCGACCCCUGCUAUUGACCUUUUUUCUACCCCCAGCUCAAACAACAGCAGCGCCAAAGCAGCCAGUGACCUGUUGGACCUCCAGCCCGCCUUCCAGCAGCCUCUGCCUCUGUCUACGGGAAGCACAUGGGGAGAUCCCUUUGCCUCUUCUGUCGAUGUUGCGGAGGACAUUCCAAAUGCAAACCCUUUCCUCACACUACCUGUUGUUGAUGUCCACCUGUCCAUGGCACCCACUGAAAAUGGCAGCCUGACCUCUAGAACGCCUAGCCAUGAAAUGUUCGACUCGUUCUGUGGGCCAAACCCUUACGCCACCACUCCUCUCUUCCAUUCUGAGCCCCCUGCUGUAGCUGGUCUAUUCAGAGGGUUCAAUGCCUCCUCCCCGACAUCACAGAACUCCCAAGGCCUCAAUGUUGACUUUGACUCUGUGUUUGGGAACAACACUAAUGCCAACAACCUGGAUUCAUCAGAUAUUUUAGAUGGCAUCCUGAAACCUACAGUGGCGUCUUCACCCAAUCAAGCACUAACUCCUAACGGACAACUGGCAAACAAGCUUGUGUCCAAUGACCUGGACUCCUCUCUGGCCAACUUGGUCGGAAAUCUGGGAAUUGGCAAUGGAACAGCCAAGAACGAUCUGCACUGGAGUCAACCUGGGGAGAAGAAGCUGACCGGGGGUAACAACUGGCAGCCUAAGACGGCCCAUUCAACUACCUGGAACCCUGCUCCCAUGGCUCCAUCUGUCAUGGCCUUCCCCGCAACCACACCAACGGGCAUGGUGGCAUAUGGAAUGCCUCCGCACAUGGGCUCCAUGAUGAUGACACAGCCCACAAUGAUGUACACUCAGCCAGUGAUGAGGCCUGCCAAUCCAUUUGGGUCGGCUUCUGGUGCACAGAUGCAGUUCAUGUAA